ACUGACCAGUGGUCAGCAUGGCGACCAGCGCUUCACACGCGCGUGCACCGCUUCUCCUCCUGCUGCUGAUGUGUUCGUGUUUGCUUCUCUCUCCCGUGGCGGCCGACCGGGCGGCGUACAUCGUCCACAUGGACAAGUCCGCCAUGCCGGCGCAUCACUCCGACCACCGCGAGUGGUACUCCGCCACCGUGGCGACUCUGACUCCCGGUGCGCCGCGCGGCGGCCGUGGCGGGCCGCGGAUCGUGUACACCUACGACGAGGCGUUGCACGGGUUCGCGGCCACGCUCUCCGCCUCCGAGCUCGGCGCGCUCCGCCUCGCACCGGGCUUCGUCUCGGCUUACCCUGAUCGCCGCGCCGAUGUGCUUCAUGACACCACGCACUCCACGGAGUUCCUCCGUCUCAGCCCGUUCGGUGGGCUGUGGCCGGCGGCGAGGUUCGGCGAGGGCGUCAUCAUCGGCGUGAUCGACACGGGUGUCUGGCCGGAGAGCGCGAGCUUCGACGACGGCGGCAUGCCGCCCGUGCCGUCGCGGUGGCGCGGCGAGUGCGAGGCUGGACAGGACUUCACGCUCGACAUGUGUAACCGGAAGCUCAUCGGAGCGCGCUACUUCAACAGGGGCCUGGUCGCCGCGAACCCGACCGUCACCGUCUCCAUGAACUCGACGCGCGACACGCUAGGCCACGGGACGCACACGUCGUCCACCGCCGGCGGGAGCCCCGCGCCGUGCGCGUCCUUCUUCGGCUACGGGCGCGGCACGGCGAGCGGCGUGGCGCCGCGCGCGCACGUCGCCAUGUACAAGGCCAUGUGGCCCGAGGGCCGGUACGCGUCCGACGUGCUGGCCGCCAUGGACGCGGCCAUCGCGGACGGCGUCGACGUCAUCUCCAUCUCGAGCGGCUUCGACGGCGUGCCGCUGUACGAAGACCCCGUGGCGAUCGCCGCGUUCGCCGCCAUCGAGCGCGGCAUCCUCGUCUCGGCCUCAGCUGGCAACGACGGCCCGAGGCUUGGCACCCUGCACAACGGCAUCCCGUGGCUUCUCACCGUCGCCGCCGGCAUGGUGGACCGGCAAAUGUUCGCCGGAUCCAUCUACCUCGGCGACGACACGCGGAGCACCAUCACCGGCAUCACGAGGUAUCCAGAGAACGCGUGGAUAAAGGACAUGAACUUGGUGUACAACGACACCAUAUCAGCGUGCAACUCGUCGACGUCGCUGGCAACCCUAGCACAAAGCAUAGUCGUGUGCUAUGACACUGGGAUUCUGCUCGACCAGAUGCGGACGGCGGCGGAGGCCGGCGUCAGCGCGGCCAUCUUCAUCUCGAACACCACCUUGAUAACCCAGAGCGAGAUGACCUUCCCGGCCAUCGUCGUCAACCCGAGCGACGCGGCGAGCCUACUGAGCUACAUCAACUCCAGCGCGCGGCCGACGGCGACGAUCAAGUUCCAGCAGACGAUCAUCGGGACGAGGCCGGCGCCGGUGGUCGCCGCGUACUCCUCUCGUGGACCGUCGCGGAGCUACGAGGGCGUGCUCAAGCCGGACAUCAUGGCGCCGGGGGACAGUAUACUCGCGGCGUGGGCACCCGUUGCUCCGCUGGCGCAGGUAGGAAGCACCGCCCUCGGCAGCGACUUCGCCGUCGAGUCCGGGACGUCGAUGGCGUGCCCGCACGCCGCCGGCGUGGCGGCAUUGCUGCGGGCGGCGCACCCGGACUGGAGCCCGGCCAUGAUCAAGUCGGCGAUGAUGACCACCGCGACCGCCGUCGACAACACGUUCCGGCCGAUCGGUGACGCCGGCCACGGCGACGCCGCGGCGAGCCCGCUGGCGAUAGGCGCCGGGCAGGUCGACCCGAACGCGGCCAUGGACCCGGGGCUGGUGUACGACGCCGGGCCGGAGGACUUCGUGGAGCUCCUCUGCUCGACCAACUUCACCGCCGCGCAGAUCAUGGCGAUCACGCGGUCCAAGGCGUACAACUGCUCCUUCUCCACCAACGACAUGAACUACCCGUCCUUCAUCGCCGUGUUCGGCGCGAACGACACCUCCGGCGACAUGAGGUUCAGCAGGACGGUGACCAACGUCGGCGCAGGCGCCGCGACGUACAGGGCGUUCUCGGUGUCACCGAGCAACGUGGAGGUGACCGUGUCGCCGGAGACCCUGGUGUUCACCGAGGUGGGGCAGACGGCGUCGUUCUUGGUGGACCUCAACCUCACGGCGCCCACCGGCGGCGAGCCGGCGUUCGGGGCGGUGAUCUGGGCCGAUGUGAGCGGCAAGUACGAGGUGAGGACUCACUACGUCGUGCUAUGGUGGUACUACGUCCCCAAGAGAGGAUUUCGAACUAUGGGUGGGAGGCGUUCCGUGCCUGAAUCCGUGGCACAGCUACGUACGUACGUGCGUGCUCGUUACACGUAUAUGGCGGCGUCGCUGGCAAUCGUUGCCGUGGUCGUCGCGCUGUGCGUGGCGGCUGCCGCGUCGGCCGAGACGGCGACGUACAUCGUGCACAUGGACAAGUCGGCAAUGCCGAGCGGCGGCGGCGGCGGGAACGGGUCGACCAGCCUGGAGAGCUGGUACGCGGCUACGCUCCGGGCGGCGGCGCCGGGCGCCAGAAUGAUCUACGUGUACCGCAACGCCAUGAGCGGGUUCGCCGCGAGGCUGUCCGCCGAGCAGCACGCGAGGCUGAGCCGGUCCCCGGGUUUCCUCUCGUCCUACCUCGACGCCCCCGUGACGCGGCGCGACACCACGCACACGCCGGAGUUCCUCGGGGUGAGCGGCGCGGGGGGCCUGUGGGAGACGGCCAGCUACGGCGACGGCGUCAUCGUCGGCGUGGUGGACACCGGGGUGUGGCCCGAGAGCGGGAGCUACCGCGACGACGGGCUCCCGCCGGUGCCCGCGCGGUGGAAGGGCUACUGCGAGUCCGGCACGCGGUUCGACGGCGCCAAGGCGUGCAACCGGAAGCUCAUCGGGGCGCGCAAGUUCAGCGCGGGCCUCGCCGCCGCGCUGGGGAGGCGGAACAUCACGAUCGCCGUGAACUCGCCGCGCGACACGGACGGCCACGGCACGCACACCUCGUCGACGGCCGCCGGCUCGCCCGUCCCGGGGGCGUCCUACUUCGGCUACGCUCCCGGGGUGGCACGGGGCAUGGCGCCACGCGCCAGGGUGGCCGUGUACAAGGUCCUGUUCGACGAGGGCGGGUACACGACGGACAUCGUCGCCGCCAUAGACCAAGCCAUCGCAGACGGCGUCGACGUGCUCUCCAUCUCGCUGGGCCUCAACAACCGCCCGCUCCACACCGACCCUGUGGCCAUCGGCUCGUUCGCCGCAAUGCAGCACGGCAUCUUCGUGUCCACCUCAGCCGGCAACGACGGCCCGGGCCUCUCCGUCCUCCACAACGGCGCGCCGUGGGCACUGACCGUCGCCGCUGGCACCGUGGACAGGGAGUUCUCCGGCAUCGUCGAGCUCGGCGAUGGCACCACCGUCAUCGGCGAAUCGCUGUACGCCGGCUCGCCGCCGAUCACCCAGAGCACUCCACUCGUGUACCUCGACUCCUGCGACAACUUCACCGCCAUCAGACGAAACCGCGACAAGAUCGUGCUGUGUGAUGCACAAGCUUCCUCCUUUGCUCUGCAGGUUGCAGUGCAGUUCGUGCAAGAUGCCAACGCGGCCGGCGGGCUCUUCUUGACCAACGACCCGUUCAGGCUGCUGUUCGAGCAGUUCACGUUCCCGGGCGCCCUGCUGAGCCCGCACGACGGGCCGGCGAUACUGCGGUACAUCCAGAGGAGCGGCGCUCCGACGGCCAAGAUCGCGUUCCGGGCGACGCUGCUGAACACGAAGCCGGCGCCGGAGGCGGCGGCGUACUCGUCGCGCGGGCCGGCGGUGAGCUGCCCGACGGUGCUCAAGCCGGACAUCAUGGCGCCUGGCUCGCUCGUGCUCGCGUCGUGGGCGGAGAGCGUGGCCGUGGUCGGGAACAUGACGUCGCCGUUCAACAUCAUCUCCGGGACGUCGAUGGCGACGCCGCACGCGGCGGGCGUCGCGGCGCUGCUCAGGGCGGUGCACCCGGAGUGGAGCCCGGCGGCCAUCCGGUCGGCGAUGAUGACGACGGCCGCGACGCUGGACAACACCGGCAGGUCCAUCAACGACAUGGCCCGGGCGGGCCACGCCGCGACGCCGCUGGCGAUGGGGUCCGGCCACAUCGACCCGAACAGGGCGGCGGACCCGGGCCUCGUCUACGACGCCGUCCCGGGUGACUACGUCGAGCUCAUGUGCGCCAUGGGGUACAACCUCUCGGACAUCAGGGCCGUGACGCAGUGGUCGACCUACGCCGUGAACUGCAGCGGCGCGUCGUCGCCGGACCUCAACUACCCGUCGUUCAUCGCCUACUUCGACAGGCGCAGCGCCGCCGCCGCCGCCGCGGAGACCAAGACGUUCGUCAGGGUGGUCACCAACGUCGGCGCCGGCGCGGCGAGCUACAGGGCGAAGGUGAAGGGCAACCUGGGUGGGCUCGCCGUCAGCGUCACGCCGAGCAGGCUGGUGUUCGGGAAGAAGGGCGAGACGCAGAAGUACACGCUGGUGUUGCGCGGCAAGAUCAAGGGCGCGGACAAGGUGCUGCACGGGUCGCUGACGUGGGUGGAUGACGCCGGCAAGUACACGGUGAGGAGUCCGAUUGUGGCAACGACUUUGAGCUCAACACGGCUGUAGACUCUUCUUUUCACUCUUGUGUACUGUAGCGUGCAAGUUGAUUCACAUAUCUGAAGUUCUGAACAUGUUGUUCGUCUCUAGCUGUUGGGCAAAUAAUGCUUUUGGUGGUUAGUUAGUGCAGUCCGUGAGUUUUGGUAUAUGCUGCUCGAAUGCCCCAGUAAUUGGCAUAAGUAUUUAUGUUCUUGCUUUUGUUCAAA